GACCUUUCCGUUAACGUCAAACAAAAACUGGAGAUUAUGAAACUUUACCUUGUUUUACUUGAUUCCACCAUUCUCAAAGUAGAUGGGAUGUCAAGAACUUGGGAUUAUCUCUCAUAACUCCAUAGAUCCUAAGGUAUAAAAUAAAUUGGAAAGUAAAGAUCUUCCCUGGAAUAUACAGAUACCCCAGAUGACCAUGGUCGUGAAUGUUUUCUGUCAAUUGCUGGUAGCGUCCAUCGUUGUUUUACAACUAGGAUUUUCAACUGCUCAACUUCAAAAUGCUCUUGUGCCCAGAUUGUGUUGGGAAUGUGACGAGGACAUUCAGACUUUGACGCCAAACUGUCCCUCCCCAUUCGACAUUACAGAUUCCACGUUUACGUUGAACUACACCAUAUGCCCCAGUGGGCAGUAUUAUUGCAAGAAGACAAUCAGCGAUGCAUUCAGCGGGGCCAAAGUGUCCAGAUCAUGUGCUGAGACUUGCAAAGAAUCUGAAGUCCUGUUUGGAAUAGGAGAAACCGUGUCAUGUUGUACGUCUGAUAAAUGCAAUGGUACAGUUAGAUAUACAGAAGAAUGGAUAGUCUUGGUCUUGUCACUUGGAUUUAUUGCUUGGAUACACUGCUUGAAAGAUUCAUUAUAAACCUUGGAUAUUAUAUUUCAAACUUGGAUGGGUUAGAAUAAAGGCUGGAUAAUAUCAAAGUUAAGUUUGGAAAAUAUUAAAACCUUGAUAGUUCAUGAUAACAUUGGAUAAUUCAGUGAUGAUUUAUGUGUGAAGUAGAUGACUUAUGACAUUAAAAUGAAAGAAUAUGUAGAAGUGUCAAAGCAUAUUUUGAUGAGAUGACCUCCUUUAAGAUAAUGAAUAUAAGUGUAUAUAUCUUACAAAUAACAUAUACAGCUUGUAAAAUAGUUGAUGAUGGAUAAGUCAGGGAGAGCUUGUGCCCAUAUUAUGUUCCAAUGUCCAAAGUCCACUUUGCCAAACAUUUGCCAAUUGCUCAUAUCACUUGAAUUGCCAUGGGCAUGCCAAGGGAUAUAAAUAUGGCAAGGAAUCAUAUGCGCCAAAUUUUUGGUAAAGGUUGCAUUCGCUAUUUUUGUCUGCCUUUUAUCAAAGGCACUCUUUCGGACUGUAUCAUACAGAUAUCAUACACUAUAGUCUAUGUAUCUUUGUCUCAUAACUUUUUGGAGAAACUAUACUAGUAUAGAAUUUCUGAUUUAUAUUACACAGUAUUUAUUUCCAGUUAUAUAAUAUGUACAUAGAACUUCAAUUAUAUUUUCAUAUAAUUCUUA